AUGCAGACUAGGACCCUGCAACGCAUAAAGAGCGCGAGACGAUCUGUAAUUACUGCGUCGUGUAUUGCAUUCGGCAUGACCGUCUACGUACUCUACUCGGGCACCGCGCGCCCUUGCUUAUUCAGCAUGCUGGUCUGGUUCCUUUUCGGGGGAGACUACGACGCCAAGAUCCAGUCUCUGACCCCUUGGGUGCUCGCCUGCACCGGUGCAAUCCCCCUUGCAGUUCCGGUGAUAAUGAGAGUCAUCACGACAGCUCAGUUCAGGAUGAUACCGGUACAGCUCAACCUUCCGUUAACCCGGAGUUUUCACCAGCCUACGUCUGCGUUCACCCUCGCUAUGGUCAACGAGGUGGUUCGCGCAGGGACUCGAAAUAUCUAUAACCCAACCAGGGGGUUUGCGGGGGUCCAUAUGCCAUCGCAGCGGUGGAGGGGUCCUGCGUCCGUCCUGAGUGCGGCUCGCCUGCUGUUCGGUGCCCUGCGCGCUGGUGAACCUGAGCGAGACGUGAAGAAGCUGCGCGUGACUGUUCGCAUGCUCCUCAAGAAGCAGGCCGCAGAGCAGCAGCAGGAUGCCCUGGCUCAGAUCCAGCAUGAUGCUUCCAUUGCGGGACGCUACGAUGGAUAG